CUAUAAAAAGAUUAAGGCCAAGAGCCUUAAACGGAACAAACGACGCACCACCAGCCCUUCCUCUAUAUUUGAAUACUUUAAAAAAAGCCUACCGAUGACCUAUUUUUCAACUCCGAGAGUGGAUAUUGGAUUUCAAUCCACAGUCCCACUUUGCGCUUAAUCUGACUCCUGCGCGGAUCGGGGAAAGCGAAACAAAUAUAAAAUCAUAUCAGCAUCCAUUUAAGUUUUUCCUCUGAUUUUCACUGGCUUAAUAUAUUGCUCCACUUGCCCUUACUUUUUGAAGUUGAUCAUAUCAAAGAAGCUGUACCCUUAAUUUAAGUCAAAACCUGAACUGAUUUGUAUAAUGAAUUGGAAAGAAGUCAGAAUUAUUUCCCUAUUAGUACUCGAUACGGUAUUCUUCUUACUAGAAGCUAUCGUCGGGUACACCGUGCACUCGCUUGCACUUGUGGCCGAUUCAUUCCACAUGCUUAAUGAUAUAAUCUCACUUUUUAUUGCCUUGUGGGCCGUUAAGGUCAAAAACACCAAACCUGCUGAUGGUAAGUAUACUUACGGUUGGCAGAGAGCAGAGAUUUUAGGUGCUUUAAUCAACGCCGUAUUCCUACUCGCUUUGUGCUUCACCAUUGUCAUCGAAGCGAUCCAACGGUUAAUUUCACCACCAGAGAUCCUGAAUCCGGUCUUAGUUUUGGUAGUUGGAUGUCUUGGUUUAGCCAGUAACUUUUUGGGGUUGGCGUUAUUCCAUGAACAUGGCCAUUCCCACGGUGGUUCUAGUACUCCCAGCGGUCACACUCAUUCUCACGGAGGAGCUUCUAAUGUCGAUGAAGAAGCAGGCCAUCUGAUUUCGGAAUCAGAGCCAUUGUUAUCAAGAAACCAAAGUACUGGUGACAUCAGGCAGUACAUGCCCGAAAACUUCAUCCAAAGGUUUGAAGACGGUCAUCAUCACAAUUCUGAAGCAACCAGCUCGGCCUCAUCUACGACGGAUAAAAAGCAAAAGCAAAAGAAGAAGUCCAUGAAUAUGGAAGCUGUAUUUUUGCAUGUGUUAGGAGAUGCUUUGGGAAAUAUUGGUGUAAUUCUAUCAGCACUUAUCAUCUGGAAAACUAGUUGGGCUGGUAGGUUCUACAGUGACCCGAUCAUUUCAUUGUUUUUGACGGUUAUCAUAUUCCUGUCAGCUUUGCCAUUAUGUAAAAAGAGCUCCAAGAUCUUACUUCAGGCCACACCAACCCACCUUGAUUCCGCCCUCAUCAUCCGUGAGAUUACCAAGAUGAUCCCAGUAAAGUCUGUGCAUGAUUUUCAUGUGUGGAAUUUAAAUGAAGAUAUCUUAAUCGCUUCUCUUCACCUUCAACUCGAUGAAACACUUGACUCACCAGACUUUGAGAAGGCUAAGUUUGUGGAUAUAGUCAGAGAAGUCCGGGAAAUCUUGCACAAGUUUGACAUACACAACGUGACAAUCCAACCCGAAUUCACUGGAGAUGGCGACAUCCCAUCCCAGGCGAGUAUCGAUAGUGGACUCUAUGGAGACUCAGCCGGUGGUGCGUGUUCAGUGGACAAAGCCACUGGAUGCUUUAACAAAAAUUGUUUGAAGCACAAUUAAUAUCUUUCAAGCCUAUAAUGUUAUACAUACUAGUACAUUAUGAAUAUCGCAACCAAGUCUUUCUACGUAGUAAGGCAAAACUAAUAAAUAAUGUGUAUUCUACAUAAUAGUACAGCGGUCUGGACCUGCAGACCAGCUUUUAAGUAAUUAUACAGUCCUGUUUGUUGGUGGUGCCAGUGGAGGCCGUCGUGGAUACCGUCCGCAAGGUGGACAUACUGCUCCUCCUCGAUGGUUUUGAUAAGUUGAGGGAUGACAAGCGUUUUCUCAGUUUUUGUAGACUGAGUCGUUGUGGUUUCGAUUCCAGAUUGGUAGCACUGGAUGAAAAUGAAUUGAGAUAAUCGUAGGAUUCAUCCUCGUCUGAUGUACUGUCCAGAGUCAUCGAUGAUGUGACAUUAUCAUGGUCGUCAAGAUUCUCCACCAGGUCGAUGUCAAUGGUAUUACUGGUGGUGCCUUUAUUGGGCAAAAUGGUAACGUCAUUGAUGUGGUCCAUUUGGUCGUCGUCGAUAUCGUGGGCCAAUGAAAACGUCAGCGAGAGGUUGGAGUCGCUGUAACUCAACCGCGGGUCGUCCAACUCUAGCACCGGGUCAGCGCUGCACUCGUUGAUAUAUGUGAGAAGCUGGUUCAAGAAUUUCAACAUCACAAUUUCUUCCAGUACCAGCACCGGUACUAGUUCAUGAAGGCUCACGAUAAGCGCCUCACAGAACCCGACCAAGUCCAAGUCGUAGAUUCGGGCGUUGAUUUUAGCAAAUCGGGCCACUAGCUGUGAGUCCAGCGGUUGAGGAUCGUGUAAGUUAUUGAUUACUAUCGUAAGAAUGUGAAUCAAAUGGGUGAAGUAAUGGUUCACAAGCCCGAGUUGGUCGUUGUUGGACUGGCAGUUACUAAGUACCCGAUGGCCAAGCUUUUGCAUUUGUUCGUAGCUGAGGGUGAUUUGGGGGUUUUUGUGGUUGGUGGGAAUGGAUACGUAUAGAUUUAGCGAUUUCCAAACUCGCUGGGCGAUUGAGUUUUCGCUUGGGGACAACACCAAACUCAUCAUGGUGGGUGAUAAAAAUGGUUUGGAACAACGAGGCGUUGGACGAAAGUCAAAUUAUAUAUGAAGCCGGAUGAAAGUGAAUUGCAAUUGAUGGGUUGUUCCCAGAAAAAACCUCAGGGAAUUUUACCUUAAACGGCAAUCAACACAGAGAGAGAGAAUGCUGUCCGCACAAAGAAAAGAUCUAGUUGAGAUGUCGGAAAAUAAAAAUCCUCUCAUUUUGUGAGAGGUAGGAAUAUAUAGGUACGAACGCGUUCCAAGCAUAUAGGUACAACCUUAAAGCAAGCGAUACAAAUAAACUUUUAGGCUUUGACAGGCUGUGUGGGCCAGUUGUAGUAGGAUCUAGAUUGGGGUAUGGGUAGAUCUGCUCCUCACUAGUAGGUAAAAAUAGUCAUUGAAGUUGCUGGGAUUAGCUAUGGUUAUGAUUAUACCAAAGCUCAAUAGAGUUAAAACUCCUCAUAAUGCCGAUAUGCGAUUGUAUAGAAGUUCGCCGUGACGAUAUAUCUGCAUCGUAGUUGGGCUGGACUUGAAACCUUAGUAACCCCUUCAUCCAGUUUAGGAAACCAAACUGUUAUUUAAAAAAAGGUGCCUUAGCAGUACCUCGGUUAUGCUAUGGCCGAUGGCUAUAGUGCAGUCAUUGGAUGGUGCGAAACCAGGAGGCGGGCGUGGCACCGCUGGUCCCUAGUUAGCUACCAACUAAGCCUUUAUAUUAUUCUGCAUAGACACCAAUUUACCCCAUUUAGGAAAUGUCAUCAACAGUUGCCCACGCAUGUAAGAUGGUAACUGAAACAAUGGUUAGUGUCUAAUGCUGGGUCUAGGAGCCAUUAUAGUGAACCUGCGAGAAGCGGUACGAUCCAUGCUUGCAUAAUAAAUUGUUUAGGUGGGGUUUCCUCGUAGUCACCUGAAACACGGUAGCCAGAGCCUAUUGUGUUUCAUGUUUUAACGAUCGACAAAAUCUCCUUGUUCGUAUGUUCAGAUGUAAAUGUCGUAUUUUCUCGAUAGGAUUAUUACAUCAGCUUAAAGUCUUUGGCACCUUCUAUCAUCUCUUCUUCGUCCAACAGCUCGUCACUAUCAGCAAGCUUCCGCAAAUAAAACACCACAAACGUGAUGAUAUUGCUGAUAAGAAAGAUCAAGUCGAAAAGAGUAUCGAUGAACUUGAUUUCCCGGUUGAGCAUCGCUUCAGAUUCGACAUUUGAACCCGAUAAUGAUAAGAUGCGAGAAAUUUGGAAUGACAAAUUGGAGGGUAAAUUAGUUCUUAUCAAGAGGCAUGUAGAUAUCACGUAGAUUCCAAAAAGCUGACACACAAUCAAGCUGACCAGCCAGCUUUUUAUUUGUUUAGGUAAACUGGUGAUAAUAGGGAAAAACCGGGAAAACGACCGCAAAGUCAUCAACACGUUUGAAAAGGUUAAUAGAAACAAACUUCCAGAUAACAGAAAACUGAUUAAGGUGACCAAUUGUUUCUCGGUAACGGAUGAAGUACUUGAGGAGGCAGCUAGAAUUAUUU